AUGCUGAGUGCUGCCCUAGCACUGCUGAUGGUGGUGGCGGUGGCCGAAUUUCUCAUUGGGCUGGUUGGAAAUGGUGUCCUUGUGGUUUGGAGCUUUGGAGAAUGGGUCCGAAAAUUCAAUGGGUCCUCAUACAACCUCAUUGUCCUGGGCCUGGCUGUCUGCCGAAUUCUCCUGCAGUGGCUGAUUAUGAUGGAUUUAAGCCUGUUUCCACUUUUCCACAGUAGUCACUGGCUUCGGUAUCUCAGUGUCUUCUGGAUCCUGGUAAGCCAGGCCAGCCUGUGGUUUGCUGCUUUCCUCAGUGUUUUCUACUGCAGGAAGAUCAUGACCCUUGAGCACCCUGUCUGCUUGUGGCUGAAGCAGAGGGCCUAUUGCCUGAGUCUCUGGUGCCUUCUGGGGUACUUGGUGAUCAGUUUGUUACUUGUAGCCCACAUUGGCUUAAAGCCCCAUGAUCCUUCCCAAGGCAACAGCAGCAUUCUAUACCCCUUUGAAAGCUGGCACUACCUGUAUGUAUUAAAGCUUAAUGCAGGAAGUGGGUUGCCUCUGAUGGUGUUUCUUGUUUCUUCUGUGAUGCUGAUUGUCUCUUUGUACAGACACCACAAGAAGAUGAAGGUGUAUACAGCUGGUAGGAGAGAUGCUCGGGCCAAGGCUCACAUCACUGUCCUGAAGUCCUUGGGCUGCUUCCUUAUCCUUCAUGUGGUUUACAUCUUGGCCAGCCCUUUUUCCAUCAUCUACAGGUCUUCUGCUAAUCUCCUCAUUGUCUUCAUCUCUGAGACAGUCAUGGCUGCCUAUCCUUCUCUUCAUUCUGUCAUAUUGAUCAUGGGAAAUCCCAGGGUGAAGCAGACUUGUCAAAGAAUUCUCUGGAAGACAGUGUGCGCUUGGAGAUCCUAG